GAAUUGAACUUAACCAUAAUAUAAAAAAAUGGUGUAUUUGAGCAUUUCUCGGUGUUUUAUCGAGAAUACCUUGUUUGGUAAUAGAAAAGGUGUUGCUUUUCUUAUUCAACGUGUAAAAUUUUCUUUUAACCAACCUCUGUUGGGUGGGCAUCAACGAACUUUUGCGUUGACUCCGUCGAGAUUUCAAUGGCACAAAUUCAAAGACAUGUUCCAUUUCUAUGUGAUGAUGGGUCUGAUUCCUGUCGGUGCUAUCAUAUUUUACUCGAAUGUUUAUAUUGGUCCCGCACAGUUAGCUCAAAUUCCACCCAAUUACUGUCCGAAACAUUGGGAAUACCAUCGCCAUCCGAUUACCAGGUUUAUAGCGCAUUACAUACACAACAAUCCUCAACAGGACUAUGAGAAAUUCAUGCAUUAUAUUGAUGAAGAACAACAAAAAAUUAAAUUACGGGCUCUAGAAAAGACUGUUAUUAAAAAAAUGGCCGAAAGACACGAUUACCAGGCAUAUUAUUACAGGCCUGUUUACAAUAAGUAUAUUCGGAUAAAUAAGAGGACCAGUGAGAGGUUGUACAAUCAGAUGGGUGAUGAUUACAGUGAUGAUGAAGAAUAAGAACGUUUUCGCAAGGCCUAACUCACUUUAGAACUUGUUAGGAAUUUGUUUAUUCUACUUAAUUUAACCUGUUUUAUGGGCAUGAAAUAAAAGCAUUGCCGACUCA